CAGCAGUAAGUUGAGGUCCAAGGAUCUGGGGUUUGGUUUUACUUAGCAUGUAACUUUGAACAGAUUUCUCCAUGAUUUCUCAAGAACUUGAUGUUCCUCACUCAUAAAAUGGGGGGAGGAAGAGCACACGCUCUGCGCUGGCCCAGACUAGAGGUGAGGGCACAGUGCUGGCGAGCCACUGAGUGGCAGGUGCCCACAUCCAUUCGAGAAAUUGAUUUUCUUCUCUGUUGGAGAUGGGGCCAGUGUUGUGGUGUGCCCUGAGGUCUCUGAGAGAGUGGGCGUAGCUUCUCUCAAGUCAGCCAUUAGUCUGUGACAAGGUUCCAUCUCAGACAGAGACCUUUGAGGUAUUGAGAACACUCCUGUGAGGCCAGGGCGAGGGGGAUGGAGGCCCACACAAGUUCAUCUGGCUGACUGCUAAGCUUUCCCAAACCUUGUCUUCAACUCUAGUGUCUUCUUGCUAAUUUGUCCUCUCAAUUCAGUUGGCAAGACAGAGUGUAAAGAGGGUGCAGUCCUUAGAUGGGGUCUCUAGACUCCAUCUAGAGGCUCUGGGAGCCUCUUUGGAGAUCCUUUGACCUUGAGAACCCUGUGCAAUUCUCUCCUGGGCCACAGGUCAUCGCAUCAUAAACCAAGAGCAGAUCAAUUCUCAGAUGACUGAAUUUUCCUGGAAAGAUGUUAUUAAUGCCUUGGCCCUGGCUAACAUGAUCCUGGGUCUCUUCUCCAUCUUCUGCAGCUUCAGCAGGAAGUCCCACUGUGCUUCCUGGAUGCUUCUGAUCAGCUUCCUGUUAGACAUCGCCAUAGAGACAAUGACCAGACACCUCAACAUCUGCCACAAGCUGGCAGGACUCGAGCUGAAUGACUUUGCUGUCUUCACCACCUUUGGCCUGGCCUCAGCUCUGCUCCUUGGCGUGGAUGGGCCUCUGAAUGGGUUCCUGGCCAUCAUCUAUGUGCUAACCACUUCUUUCCGCCUGUGUUUUUAUUCAACUGGAGGAGGCCCCUCUGGGUACAAGGGCCUGCCCUGCCCCUAUGCUUCCUGUGUGCUGGCCUCCACCUGCCUUCUGACUAAAGGCAACACAUUCAUUCUCUGCUGCAUGGCCUCACUCAUGAUUCUCUUCAUGAUCGACCAGAGUUGCUACCCACAUGAUGAAAUCCUAGAUUCGGACAACUGGAAAAAAAUUGUUUAUAUAGGAGGUGUUAUCUUGCUGUUUUUCUCUCCGUUCCCGCUCACCGCCUUUUACUGCCUGACUUGGUCACUCUCCUACAUCUUCUCCCCUGAAACCCUGUGGGGCAGAGGAGUUUGUAUUAAGCUCUAGCGAGAGGAAACCAUAGCGUCACCACUCCUGCUGGUUCUGUGGGUUUAGCAUGCUGGACCGAGACCUGCCUGUCCUCAUUAAAGCUUUCGGAUACCUGUGUUGUCA